AUGUAAUAUAAAUAAUAUAAAGAAUGUAGAUUAUGUUAAAGUUCUUUAUCAUAAUUCUAAAUUGAUUAUUUAAAGAAGAAGUAUUAAAUUUGACCAUUUUAAUAGGUAUUAUAAUUCUUUUCAUUUUUAUUUUGGCAAAUCAAUAUCAGAAAUAUUGGGAAAUUUGGCAAUAGAUCAUGUUAUAUUAUAUAAGGAUUUGUUGUACUUUAAUGAUGAUAAUGAAUAUUUAACAAAAUAUUACAAUAGAUUUGAGUAGAAAUAAAUAAUUUGCAAACUACAAUUCAAGGUACUAUAGCGUAUAAUCAAUCAAUUGUGUCUCAGAUUCCAAUACCCAAUUUGUUAAUCGUUACAGCACAUCAGAUUGUUUUGAA